ACUAGGAAGAGAACUCUGUUCGCUUGAGAUAGCCCGCCAUGGCUCAUUCCAGAUGCCCUCCUGAAAUAUGCUUUAAACAGGAGCAUUUGACUUUGUCAGAGUUGAAAGAAAACUACGAGAGUGACCACCACUAUCUAUGGAGGAGGAACAUUCUCCCUUAUCCCGAAUCUGUGCUCUUCACAACAUCCAGAGUGUGCCAUGUGACAGGGGAAAGUGGCUUCCGUGGGAUCAUCAGAGAUGGUGGAUUCCGGAAGCCUCCUCAUCUAGAGACCGAGGACAACUUCCUGUGGUGGAGCCUGUCAGUGACAAAGAGUGAGAUUGCUUUUGCUGAGAAGCGCUUUUAUAGGUGGACAUUCGAGGACGCGGACUACAACCAGUCUCCUUUCCUGGAGAAGUUCACCACCUCCCCGGCGUUCCAGAGCGAGUCUCGCUACGGCAACUUCCGCUUCACCUUCCCUUUCCGGAAGCUCCUGCGUGAGUACGCCCAGCAGUUCUGCGAGGACUCCGCCCCCGUCCUGCGUGUUCUGUGCACUGAGCUCUACCGGCAGCAGAUCCUCUACACCGUGCUGGUGCAUCCGCGGCACGUCCAAAAGUACGGCCAGUACCCUCGCCUGCCCUACAGCAUGAACAGUGUCUGCGGUUACCGCGACGGAUACAUGUCCUGGCUCUGCCAGUCUCCCUCUGAUUCUUACUUCUAUAAGCUGGUGGUGGACAACACUAAUUGCCAGAUGUUUGCGAAGCCACUUAAGGGCAGAGUGUCCUGUGUGUGGGAUAAUGUGGCAGUGGCCUUCCACAUGGAGCCAGGAACGGAGCUGAGCAUAAAUCGGAGGGAGUUGCUAGACAGCGUGAGCGUGUGUGACAUGACCAAACCGAAUCUCUUGAGGGAUCCAGGCACUCCCCUCGAUAGUGACGAGGCUAAUAAAAUACUGCAAGAUCUGAGGGAAAGAAAUGGUCUGGGCCAGCAAAAGUACUAUGCCUACUGA